AUGACUAGUAUAGAAAUGACCAGUACUAUGAUUCCUUUAAAUAAUACUGAUCCUAUAACAAAUAUUACAUCGAAUUCAUCUGAAUUUGAAACAAAUCCAUUUAUUAUAGACUUAACUAAAUCUUUUCAUGUCAUUAAUAAACCAUUAGCUGUAUUUUUAUUUAUAUGUGUAUGUAUUUCAUGUUUAUUAUUUAUUAUUAUCAUUCUGUUAUGUGUACGUACUUGUAUAAGACGUAAAUAUGUACCAAAAGUAUUACGUAAACGUCCAAAAGGUAUAUAUGUAGAUGAAAUACCUGGUCUAGUACAUAAUAUUGAACAAUAUAAAUAUGGAUCAUUUGAAUAUUCAUUAGAAUAUAAUAUAGAUCAUAAACAAUUAAAAAUUGGUAUAUUACAAGCAAAUAAUAUAAUUGGACCAAUUAGUUGUGAUACAUUAGAUCCAUAUAGUACAAUUACAUUAACUAAAUUAGAUAAUCAUAAUAAUUUACGUAUUAUUGGUAAACAAGAAAGAACUAAUAUAAUAUCUAAUACAAAUCGUCCAGUAUGGAAAAAACUCUUUAUAUAUGAUAUAGAAGAACAAGAUCUUAAUUAUGUUGUUAUUAUAUUUGAAGUAUUUGCUCAUGAUAAUAUAUGUCAAGAUAUAAGUAUUGGUAAAUUAGAAGUACAUCUUAAAGAUAUAAAUCAUGAUGAAUAUGCUGGGAAUAUUAUAGAAAGAACAGGUUGGUUAACAGCUGGUACCAGUUAUAAAUUUGGUCUUGGUGAAUUAUGUAUUGGUAUUGGUUAUUAUCCAAAUAAUAAUCUACCUCAUAUUGAUAUAUGUAUCUAUGAAUGUAGACAAUUAAAUUUAGAUAAUUAUUUAUCUAAAUCAAAACAAAAUAAAUUAGAUAUAUUGAUUAUAUUAAAACAAAAAAAACAAAUUUUAUAUCGACAAAAAACUAAUAAACGUAAAGAAUUAAUUAAUCCAUAUUUUAAUCAAAAAAUUAUUAUCCCUUUAAAAAAUAUUAAUGAGCAUACUACUCAUAAUACUACUUAUAAUAAUCCAAUUGAAAAAUAUCAUAUUAUAUGUCAAUUAAGACAUAUAAAUCGUUUAUAUAUGAAACAAAUUAUAGGUACUAUUCAUAUUGGAUUAGAUUCAUCACAAACAACUGGUAUAAAACAAUGGGAAGAAAUAAUUAAAAAUCCAUCAAAAAUACAUGUGAUGUGGCAUUCUAUUAUACCAUCAUAA